AUGUCAGAUUCGGAGAUCUGGCGAAUCGUGGAUAUCCCACCUGUUGUGUCGUCUACUGAAGGCAAAGAUGUGACAAUAACCGCGAAAAUCGCCGGUCCUAGCGAAGGGCCCCAGCCAACUGCUACUUGGAUCAAGGGAAAAUUCUCUGAGCUGAAAAAGUCAGCGCGCCUUGCUCUUGGCAUCAACGAGGAAAAGCAAGAAGCCUUUUUGACGAUCAAAAAGGCAAAAAUUUUCGACGAGGGGAAGUACACCCUCAAGCUCAAAACCGGCGAUCAGGAGGUCCAGACAACUAUCCAAGUCAAUGUUGGAAAGCAAGAAGUUUCGAAGCCAGCAACGGAGGCUGCUGGAGACGCAGAUUCAUUCAAAAAGCGAAUGCGUCGCUAUAUGAAAUCGGCCAACAAGGCCAUCGCUGGAGAUCAAGGUGACGUCUGGAUGGAGCUGACGAAAGCCUCACCAAAGGACUACGCUGAGAUCGCCUUCAAUCAUGGAAUCACUGACCUCCGCGGAAUGCUCAAACGUCUGGCUGCUGUCAAGAAGAAGAAGAAAGAUGGCGAAAAGGACGAUAAGGCGAGUAUCUUUUUAUAA